ACCAACACCCUGCUGACCCCCUCCAUCGUCAUCCUCUCUUCUUCACCUCCAUCUUGUGCUCGACUUCAUUCUUGCUGCUCGCGCUGGUUUCGCUGAGAGUCUCUCCUCCGUGCCUCCCACUGAUUUGCACCAGUCUUUGCCCAUCAGUGCCACGCACAACACAGCACCGCCCGCCUGAUCUUCGUUCUCACCAGUCAAUACCACUUCAGGCCACCGAUUGGCCCCAUCCCUGCUGAGAGACCGUCUCUGUAACCUCGAAGCGCCAAUUGCCAUCCACUCACACAGCCUUUGAUAAUCAUACGUGUGCUUGGUUCCCAUCUGGCAUCGAAGCGCCCUCGCUCAGUCACCUGGCCCUCUAUUAUUCGAGCCACUUCCCACCCCAAGGUCAACCCAACUGUCUGUUUCUUCUCACCACGGCCAUUCUCUUGAUCUUUCCUUUACUUUCCAGAGCUGGCCUCGUCGACGAUAUUCAACGUUGCCCUACGCCGUUGUCAUAUAUCCUCUCGUAUCUUCGGAUCUGCGCCUCCAUCUCCGUCUCACGUCAGCCUUCACCCACUUGCCACUUACACCGACCCUCCGCCUUAUCAGGACGUGGACCCCGCCGCAACGCUGACUAAAACUACCAUCGACUAGGGUUGUGAUCGCUGUCCGGACCACCGUUCGUGCAAAAGAAGCAUCGAGUAAACUCAUCUAGCCGGCAUCAGACAUCAGACUGCCAUGUCACCAUCCCACUUCGACCCAGUUUCACCCAUCGAUAUCACCGCCGACGCCAAACGUUCCUCCCGUCGCAGCGCUCGCUUUUCACAGCUCGACUUUGACGAGAAGCAAGGGCUCAAAUCUAGCAUUCGCCAGUUCCCCUCCAGGACCAAUUCGACGGCGUCUUCCACCAGAUCUAUUCCCUCGGCAGGCGCGACCACCCACCAACCGGUGAGGAAGGCACGCUUCGCCGAAGCAACUUCUGUCUUCUCUCCUUCUGACGGUCCUGGGGACCACGAAUCUCCUUUUGCUGAUCCCAAAAUGACCGACCGACCUGUUUCGAGGAAUGCUCCCAAGCCCUCAGAUGUUGGCUUUGGAUACAUUUGCGACAACCAGCCCGUGGAGCAACAUGCCACGGUUCGAUCAGACCUCAACCCUGGCGGCGCACCCCUCAAGUCUGCAUUGAAGACUCCAGGAACCGGCGCCCGUCUCUUGAAUCCUCUCAGUCCUACUUUCCGAGAAGAAGUCAUGCUAGAGAAGCAGGAAGAGCAGACCGAAAAGGACCAAGCCAGAGAUCUGAAAAUCAAAACACGUGUUCGCCUCGCAAAGAUCAUCCUCAGAGGAGUCAACUUCUCCUGUUCAUUGAUUGUCCUAGCCAUGCUGUCCACAGUCUUGACCAUCUUCCACGCCACCAAAGCCCUUCCAGCGAGGAACAACAUGCCGGCUUGGGCACCAAAUCAAAAAAUGUGGCCUCAGAUCCUCGUUCUGACCAUUGCCUGCAUCUCACUCCUAUUUGCAAUCAUCGUCAUCAUUGCAUACUGCCGGAGUGGACAUCGUCGCGCAGAGAAGGUCGCCGUUUACUACACCAUGUUCGCUGUGGGCUGGUUCAUCUUUAGCAUCGUCAUGUGGGCCAUCGGCGCCGGUGUACUCCAAGGAAGCAAGACCAAUGGGAAUGGUCAGGACAUGUGGGGAUGGUCGUGUCGAGACAACAAGCGUCGCCAACUCUUUGAGGAGGAUGUCCAUUAUGCCCUGGUAUGCCGUCUCCAGGACUGGUCUUUGAUCUGUUGCAUCAUUGAGAUCGUCGUCGAGUUGAUCGUCAUCGCCAUCUACGGCAUCGUCUUCUAUCGCUUCUGGAGCAAGAACCGUCUGCGAAAGUCAAUGGACGCCAGGGACAAGGUUCGCUCAGAUCUUUACCUUUCCCAGCUCCGCUCCCAAUCCGCACCAAACACGCCUGGUUUUGUCAACACACCCAGGACACCAGGCUUCCCAUCUCAAUACAAAUCAUAUGCCGAUGCAUACAGCCGGGCUGAGGAAGGAAACUCGCCCGCCCAGCAGACGUCGCCAUCCUCCCCUUUCCGCCUGCAAGCACCUCCCAUCCGCGUUCAACAUGCAACUCCCAAACCCUCAUCGCCUGAGACGUUCAAUGCUGUCGACAGCAUUCCACGGUCCCAAACCGUGUCGCCUCCUCUAGGCUCACCUCUUCCCCGAGCAGAGGACCGCGUUCAUGAGCACGCGGCUGCCGCUCCGGGUGAACAGACAUAUGAAGCUGUUCCUAUACCUGGAGCGUACUCGACUCCGGCGAGAGGCCAGCCCGGACAGGCAUUCUGAUUGACAAUUAAGGCGCAACAUGAGGAUGGAUUGAGGUAUAUAUUGAAUUAAUGCUCGUGGCUCCGGGUAAUCCCCAGCUCUUGGAAAGAAGUCUGAAAUCUUGACCUAUUUGUGACCACCAUGAACAACUCUAGCGUGGUGAUUUGGUGGACAGGCAUACUUUCUCUUUUGUAUCUACCUCUGAUAGCAUAUCUUCAAGGCAUGUUCUGGUAAGAUCGGGCUAGUCUUUGAUAGGGAAAUGUCAAUUGAUUGAACAUUCAAA